AUGAUUGGCCCAGCAUCGGAGGGCACGAACGCUGGGCCAAUCCUGCACAGACAGUCGCGCUUUCCACUCUCACUGGGCGCGCAUUUAACAGUACCUCCGCCCUUCCCCAUCAUCCCACCCCACCAGUUUCCCUCUGAGCCUUGGAAGCGCAACAUGAGCGGUGCGGGCGAGAACCGGAGCAGCUGGCAGCGGCCUCAGGGACGAGGCAACCGCGCCUCGAGCUCGAACAAUCCCAGCAAAGAGGGCGCGAGGCAGCAAGCCAUGUCGGCAGUGUCUGGCAACGCGUGGAAGGCCAAGGGCCAAGGCCAGGGCGGCGCUGAGCGCGCGCCCGCGCCGGCUCCCAGCGUCCCUGCGGAGCAGCACGUACCUGUGAAGGACUUCAAUGCCGGCGAGGUCAAGGAGUUCUUGAAGAAGAAAUAUCUUGAGAGCGUCGCAGGUAUAUCCUCCUCGAGCAGCGCAUCUACACCAGCCACGGGGACUAACGCCAAACCUCUAGACCAGCCGUCGGCAUACCACAAGGUGCAGGGUGACUCGGUAGCAAAGAGGAGCAGCGGCGCCUGGGGAUCACGAGGCAACAUGCCGCACCUCAUGCCCAGCGGGCAGGACUUCUUCACGCAGCUCAAGAAGCAGCUCGUGGCCCUCGACCAGGGCAAGUCUUCGUAGCCGUAGCACGGUCGUCACGCGUUUUCUUCCAGCGGCAUUCUAGGGCAUAAGGGGAGUUCACGGGCUAUCGCAUUCUUCGCACCACUCUACACUAUACCUGUUUCUUCGCGAAGACGAGCCGGUUCCGUGUCGAAAGACCGGGCAGAAUGUGUACAUCAAGGAAGGACGGGCAUUGCAGCACUAGGCGUUGGCGGAGAAUUGCAGUUUUGCUUGCUGGUAUAGUAGGGAUACCCAUCUGUCUGGAUUCUCUCAUCGGGGGCGUCAUCUGGAGCUUGGGAAAGCGGCCAAGGUUCAUGUACGGCCCAAGGAAUGGUCCAUCUGUACAUAUUCGUAAUGGACCACGAUAACGUGC